AUGCUUGAUAAUGUUGAAACCGAAAGUGACGACCAAAUGUUAGAAGGCGAUUCAAAUGUUCCAGAGUGUCCACUAAAUCCCUUGCUUAAUGAAAGCGAGCCAGAAGAGCUUGUAACCAUGCGAUUUAAAGGCUGUAAUGAUGCAUUGGCAUAUGUGGACCAAGUCUUCAAUAGUGGCGAGGCAUUGGCCCUUUUGGAAGAUGACACCAUCUUAUUGGAGCGCCUUAGGCUUGCAAUAAAGACCCAGCAUGCCGGGGCCGUUCUUUUUUCAGCCGCACUUAAUAUGUUUUACAUGAUAGCAAGGGGAGUGAAUUUGACAACGCCUGGGUUUCUAAUCGAAUGUUAUCUGCAGAUUUUAAAACAAGCACCGAAUGUCUCUGAAAUUUUAGACAAGCCACUUGAAGCCUUGAGUUCUUAUCAUGAACUAAGCUCUAUGUUUACGCGAUAUCGAAACGCCCUCUGUGCUGUCGAUUUGACCAUUCAGGAGAAAUCCGCGCCUGAAGCGGUUCGAAUGGGACCAGCAUUGGAUUUGAUCCUUCAAUUUCUAAGGAAAUUUAUUUUGUACCUUGUUGGCAUUUGUAAUGGAAUAGAGACUCUUUAG